CCUCUUUGGAGGGGGAGCGAGCGGCCAGGGCCGGGGAGGGCCAACUGCGCUCAGUUUGGGAGGAAGGCGGCGGCGGCGCUGGGCGGGGCCGGGCUCCAGGGCUGGCAGCGGGGUUGCCGAGCUGCCUGGAGUUGGAGUCAGAAGCAAAGGUUGAUGGAGAGGCUGCAUCAGACAGUGAGAGCCGAGCGGACCUGGUUGCCCCGCCAGCCCCCGUGGACAACACCCCGGAAGUCCUCAAUAGGGCCCUUUCCAACUUGUCUUCAAGAUGGAAGAACUGGUGGGUGAGAGGCAUCCUGACUUUGGCCAUGAUCACUUUUUUCUUCAUCAUCAUUUACCUGGGACCAAUGGUUUUAAUGAUGAUCGUGAUGUGUGUUCAGAUUAAGUGUUUCCAUGAGAUCAUCACUAUUGGCUACAAUGUCUACCACUCCUAUGACUUGCCCUGGUUCAGGACCCUCAGCUGGUACUUCCUGCUGUGCGUGAACUAUUUCUUCUAUGGAGAGACGGUGACGGAUUACUUCUUCACCCUGGUCCAGAGAGAAGAGCCUUUGCGGAUUCUCAGUAAAUACCACCGGUUCAUUUCCUUCACCCUCUACCUAACAGGAUUCUGCAUGUUUGUACUGAGCCUGGUCAAGAAACAUUAUCGACUGCAAUUCUACAUGUUUGGCUGGACCCAUGUAACACUACUGAUUGUUGUAACCCAGUCACAUCUCGUUAUCCACAACCUGUUUGAAGGAAUGAUCUGGUUCAUUGUCCCCAUUUCCUGUGUGAUCUGCAACGACAUCAUGGCCUAUAUGUUUGGCUUUUUCUUUGGUCGGACGCCACUCAUCAAGCUUUCUCCUAAGAAGACCUGGGAAGGCUUCAUCGGGGGCUUCUUUGCUACUGUGGUGUUUGGCCUUCUGCUGUCCUACGUGAUGUCAGGGUACAGAUGCUUUGUCUGUCCCGUGGAGUACAACAACGACACCAACAGCUUCACUGUGGACUGCGAGCCCUCGGACCUGUUCCGCCUGCAGGAGUACAACAUUCCUGGGGUGAUCCAGUCGGUUGUUGGCUGGAAAACAAUUCGGAUGUACCCCUUCCAGAUCCACAGCAUUGCCCUCUCCACCUUCGCCUCACUCAUAGGCCCCUUUGGAGGCUUCUUCGCGAGCGGCUUCAAGCGAGCCUUUAAAAUCAAGGAUUUUGCCAAUACCAUCCCUGGCCAUGGAGGCAUCAUGGAUCGCUUUGACUGCCAGUACUUGAUGGCUACUUUCGUCAACGUGUACAUCGCCAGUUUUAUCAGGGGCCCUAACCCAAGCAAACUGAUUCAGCAGUUCCUGACCUUGCGGCCAGAUCAGCAGCUCCACAUCUUCAACACGCUCAAGUCUCACCUGAUGGACAAGGGGAUCCUGACAGCUGCCACAGAGGACGAGUAGGGGCCGCCUGGGGCGGAGCGCAGGGGCAGGACUAAGGCAGGGGCAGGUCUCCGAGGCAAGCCUAGCUGCUGUGACUUAGCAACAAGCUUCAACUCACCGGCUUUUCUUUUCUUCUUUUUUUUGGGUAGUGUUUUUUUAUUUGUGGGUUUUAAAAAGAAUUUGUAUAUACAGUCUGUUUUUGGUUUGAGUUGUGAGUAAUCUGUAGCUCUGAGUUGGAAAGAAGUCACAGGGGUUUACAUUUGAAGUUUUUAAACAGCUGAAUUAUUGAACAACCUGGAUGACAGUGUUGCCCAGCUCAGGAUGCCUACUUCGUGGUUCCAGCCCUGUCCAUAGAAUAUUUCUGUGCCCUGGUGGUGGACAGUGCUCUGUACCCAACCUACGCAGGGGCCUCUCCCACCUGGGUGGGGGUGCUGACUGCUCCUCGGGGACUUCUCAAGCAACCCUUGCUAGGAGCUGUAGAGGGCAGCUUUCUGCAGGCCCGGAGGGAGGGAAGGAUGGAGGCUCUGGUCAGGUGAGCAUCGCAUCCACAGCAGAAUCCUGCAGGGGGUACGUGAGCUGUGCUUCAUAGCAUGGGCUCACCUUACGUCGUCACAGAUGGAAAGGUUGCGGUUUUUAUUUUUUCAGAAAGCACGAAAAGUUAUUUAUAAUAAUCUGGAUAAAAAACCACACUGUAAUAUUUCAAAUGUAUGCAGUAGCACGCACUGUAUCCGAGCCCUUUCCCACGGAGUAGGCUCCAGUUUCUCCUAGUGGGCAGUCCGGUGAGCCACGUCUUUUCAGGGAUGAGGCCAUGGCGUUUGUGCUGUAGACUUAGACUUGCUGCUGCUGAAUGGCGGGGUGGGGACCCCGCAGGCAGGGAGCAGGGAGCAGGGGGCUUUCGGUUCAUGUAGCCUUCGCUGAAUGCCCACAUAGCUGCUGUAUUGUGUAUGCAUUACUCUUAAGGUGAGAGUGUGCCUGUCUGUGUUUUAAAAGUCACUUCUUCCUUACGGUGAUUUCACUUAUACCAUGACUAGUUCGCUGGAAACCACAAAAUUCUGCUUAAACCUAUGGCAAACCUAACCUGAUGGAGGCUUGAUUAUUCUGAAGAUUAAAUGUAUACUUUUUAUAUCAUGUGACCAGUUUAACUGUAAUGCGUGUUGUACUGGGGGACCUUUUUUGGUUGUUUGUGUAAACUGUGAUUUACUUUUCCCCUCCUGGUUACGAGAGUGAGGUUGACUUGGGGAAGACGGAUGAGCUCUCAGUCAGGUCAGCCCAGCGAGGCUCAAGCACAGGAGGGAGGACUCGGUGCCAGGGUGCCGGACCAUUCCACGCCCUGCUCAUUGUCAUCCCCAGCAAGGGCGUAAUUGCACCAGCACCUUGUCUGGCGCUGUUCUGUGGUGUUUGUUUUUAAAUUGGCCACGCUGCCUCCCUAAAACCUCACAGCCCAAACGGCCACAGGGUCCACUGGGGACAGAGCCCCUGUCACUGCGCAGCCUCCCCCAUGGGUGUGAGGCAGAAGCAGUGUCUCUCUCAACCUGCACGUCCAUUCUAGCCCCGGGCUUUCCGUUUUCAGGCCCAAGGCCCUGUCAGUGCUGUGCUGCGGGUUUCAGUUCCCGCAGCAUGGCCCUGGGCAGGAAGCCUCCCUCUCAGAGUCCUCUGCACGGUCUUCUAAUUGCGCCACUCCCCGAUUGCCCCGGAGUCUCCUUCGGAUGCUGAGUCGUGUCCCAGGCACCCGGAAGCAAGUGCUUUCAGGCCUUGUCCGAGAUGAUUCACGUCUCCAGUCUUCAGCAGUGAUCAGGAGUGUGGCUGUCGUUUCCUGUCUGGAAUGAGCUUGGCUCCAGGAGGGCACCUCAUUUGUCUCCCGCCACCCCAUUGUGCGGCUCUUGAGCACAGAGGUGUGGUGAGCAGAGCCCACUCUGCAGCAGGGCCACCUGGGGCUGCUGCCUUGUGGACGCAGCCACUGCUGGGGCUCUGAGAAGCGGAAGCUGGGUGCUCCCUAGAGCCGCCAGCAAGAGGCCUGAGGGGCGGUGUGGGCUGUUUUUCUGUCUGUCUAUUUCCUUGAUUUCCUGGAGUGCAGAGUUUCCCAGUCAGGUAGCCAGGAAAGCAGUGCCACCUUGUAUCUUGACAGCAGUGUUUCUCCCACUUACAGAGCAGGUUCCAGAGACUCCUUAAUGUGCACCCGUGCAGAUCUUAAUGAUUUGCAUAACUUGCUAUAGACCCAUUGUUUUAUUAUUUUUUGUUGGAAAUAAAACGUGACCAAAAUCAUGCUCA